CACGCCGCACGGGGUGUAGUCCACAGAGCACUAGCUAGACCGUCUCGCGCCCCAAAAGACAAUGUCCCAAUAAACGUAGAGAGAGACGAACCGGUGAGAAACGUUGGUGAGAACUAGUGCGACUAUAAAAUAUAAAACGGCAAUGGAGUACUACAGAAUGUUCGUGGAUGUGUUUUGGAGCGAGUCAGUGUGGCUGCCGCCGAACACGACGUGGGCGGACAUCGCCCCCGACGCCGAUCCGGAGGUGCGGCACGCCGACCACCGUCACCUGUUCUACCCCCUGCCCAUGGCGUUGGUCAUGCUCGCCCUCCGAUACGUUCUCGAAAAGUAUUGGUUUGCACCAAUAGGUUUGUCGUUAGGUAUUAAAAACUCAAAACCAAAGAAAGCUCCAACCAAUUUAGUUCUUGAGAAAGCUUACACUGCCUCAAAGAGGUGGAAACACAAACAGGUCCAAGGCCUGGCAAAACAAGUGGACAUGACAGAGAGACAAGUGGAGAGGUGGUUGAGAUUGAGAAAGGGCCAAAACAAACCGUCGACAUUGACGAAAUUCUGCGAGAACGCGUGGAGGUGUCUGUAUUAUUUUUGCAGUUUCACCUAUGGAAUUAUCAUAUUGUGGAACAGGCCGUGGCUUUGGGACAUCAAUGAAUGCUGGAACGGAUUCCCACAUCAAAGUGUUACCAGCGACAUUUGGUGGUAUUACAUGAUAUCUAUGAGUUUCUACUGGUCGUUGUGUGUCUCUCAGUUCUUCGACGUGAAACGCAAAGACUUUUGGCAAAUGUUCGUCCAUCACAUAGCUACAAUAGUGCUGAUGUGUCUUUCGUGGGUCGUGAACGUUUGGCGAGUCGGAAGUCUCGUUCUUGUCGUUCACGACAGCGCCGACAUAUUUUUAGAGGCCGCCAAAAUGGCAAAGUAUUCAGGUUAUCAGAGAAUUUGCGACACGAUUUUCGCCAUUUUCACCGUCUUGUGGAUCGUCACGAGGAUAGGAAUAUAUCCGUUCUGGAUAAUCAGGAACACGUCGAUAGACGCGCCGAAGAUCGUGCCGAUGUUCCCCGCGUAUUACAUAUUCAACAGCCUGCUGUGCCUGCUGCUCGUCCUGCACGUUUACUGGACGUAUCUGAUCCUGCGGAUCGUGCACAACUCGCUGAACGCCGGCCAAAUGGACGGCGACAUCCGCUCGUCCAGCGACGAUUACUCCGAAGACUCCAAGUCGCAGUAGAGAACGAAACGAAAAACCACCAAAGAUUUAUUAAUUAAUUAAUUAAAUAGAUACGAUUGAAAUCCGCCCAUCUCAUGAAGUGUGGCCCCGGUCUGAUAACGCAAAAGAACUAUUUUUUAUACGGUCUCUCGUCGUUGUUGUUGUUUUUUUGUUUUAUUAUUCAAUAUAAAUUAUUUAUAUUUACACUCAUUUCUUUCAUUGUGAUUUAAGGAACUCAUUCAGGCUUUGUAAAUUACGAAAAUUGUUGCUGCGGUUCGUAAAAUCUUUAAACAAACUUUAAGGCAUUUAAUUCAUAAUUUAUUUUGUAUCUACAUUCCAGUUAAUAAUGUAAUACACAUCACAUUCAUUCAGUUGUUCAGUUUAAGACUUGACGAAUCGCCAUUUUAAAUUAAACAUUGUACUUACAAACGUAUUUUGUUAAAUAUUUUGUAAGAUUACAAAACAAAUUAUAAUAUAUAUAUAUAUUACAUUGUCAAGUUUGCUUUUAUAUGUAUUAAAGAGAAGUACAAUUCCAA